AUGUCGGUGCUCACCGUUCAGGUAGGGCAGUGCGGCAACCAGCUGGGCGCGGCGCUGUUCACGACGCUCGCCAGGGAAGCGCAGGCGGGCAACGCGGAUCUCCUAACGACCACGCAGUGGACGUUUUUCCGCGAGCGCGGCGCACGGAGCAACUCCACGGGCGCAACGCACCAUGCCCGCGCAGUUCUCGUCGACAUGGAGCCCAAGGUCGUCCAGGCGUGCGUGGCGCACCCGCGCGCGUCCCUGUCCGGCUCCCCGAACGGCCCGGGGUCCCUGGGGGGGGGUCCGGCGUGGUGGAGGUAUGACAGCGCGUGCGGGCUGUGUGGGGAGGGGGGCUCGGGGAACAACUGGGCCAUGGGGUACGCGCGGCACGGCCCCGCGGCCUGCGAGGCGGCGUGCGACGGACCGAUCCGCCGCGAGCUCGAGGCGAUGGAUCACGUGGGGGGGGUGUUAUUGCUGCAGUCGAUGGCGGGCGGGACGGGCGCGGGUCUGGGCGCGCGCCUCGCGGAGGAGAUCCGCGACAGACACCCCUCGGUGUUUCUGCUGAGUCAGUCGGUCUGGCCGCACGUGGGGGGCGACGUCACGGUCCAGGCGUACAACACGACGCUCACGCUCGGCCAUCUCGUCGAGGCCUGCGACGGCGUCAUCGUGACAGGCAACGAGCGGUUGCACCGCGCGUGCGUGCGCCUGUUCGACGUCAAGCGCCCGACCCUCCAGGACAUGAACGCCGUCGCCGCGCGGGACAUGGCCGGCCUGCUCCUCCCGGCGCGCCACGCGCGGUCCGACGGCCGCGGCGCGCGCCUGCGGCUCCUCGGCGACGUCGUUGAGCACGUCUGCUGCCACCCGGGGCUGCCGCUGCUGUCGCUCGUUUCGCACCCGAUGAUGCCGCCGUCGACGGCGGAAUUCGAGCAGUACCGGUGGACGGCGACGAUGCGCGGCCUGCACGCCGCCGUGAAGUCGGCUGCGGCGGCCGAGGCGGGCGACGCGAGCCCGUUCGACCCCGCGCCGGCGUCGCAGCUUCGCGCGCUCGCGUCGCUGGCGGUGCUGCGCGGCGACGGCGCGGGGGAGGUCAGCGCCGAGGCGGUCGGCGAGAUGAUGCCGCACAGCACAGCGAACCCGCGGCCCGUGUGCGCGGCGUGGCACCCGAGCCGGUUCUGCGGGUACGGCAUGUCGGCGACGCUGCUGUCGAACUGCUCGAUGGUGGCGGGGACGGCGCGACGCAUGGUGGACCGCGCGUACAUGAUGAUGGACUCGCGGGCGUAUCUGCACCAGUACGAGGGUUGCGGCGUCGGCAAACAGGAUCUGGAGGAGGUGCUGCUGAGGGUUGAGGAGGUCGCGACGCGGUACGACAUGCUGGCGGUUCGGUGA